GUCGUGCAGGAGGAGCUGGAUGCCCUCCUGGAACAGCAAGGCACUAUAGAGAACAAGAUGGCUGCACUGCAUCGCAUGGGCCCGAAUUUGCAGCUCAUCCAGGGGGACGCCCAGCAGUUGGCAGGGAUGAUCACCUUCACCUGUAACCUGGCCGAGAACGUCAGCAGUAAAGUCCGCCAGCUUGACCUUGCCAAGAAUCGACUCUAUCAGGCCAUUCAGAGAGCUGACGACAUCCUUGACCUGAAGUUCUGCAUGGAUGGAGUUCAAACAGCCCUGCAAAAUGAAGAUUACGAACAAGCAGCAGCUCAUAUCCAUCGCUAUCUGUCUCUGGACAAAUCAGUGAUUGAGCUCAGUCGUCAGGGCAAGGAAGGGGGCAUAAUUGAUGCCAACCUGAAGCUCCUGCAGGAAGCAGAGCAGCGCCUGAAGACAAUUGUCACAGAGAAAUUUGACACAGCUAUGAAGCAGGGAGACCUGCCCCAGGUGGAACGGUUCUUCAAGAUCUUUCCUCUGUUAGGCUUACAUGAAGAGGGGCUGAGCAAGUUCUCCGAGUACCUCUGCAAGCAGGUGGCCAACAAAGCAGAAGAGAACCUGCAGCUGGUGAUGGGGACAGACAUGAGUGACCGUCGAGCUGCUGUCAUCUUUGCGGACACCCUGACACUCCUCUUCGAAGGGAUUGCUCGCAUUGUGGAGACGCACCAGCCCAUUGUGGAGACCUACUACGGGCCUGGCAGGCUGUACACCCUUAUCAAGCACCUGCAAGUGGAGUGCGACCGGCAGGUGGAGAAAGUGGUGGACAAGUUCAUCAAGGAGAGGGACUAUCACAGGCAGUUCCAGCAAGUUCAGAAUAGCAUCAUGAGAAGUUCUUCUGCAGAGAAGAUUGAACCAAGGGAACUUGACCCCAUUUUAACAGAAGUCACCCUGAUGAACGCCCGCAGUGAGCUCUACUUGAGGUUCAUCAAGAGACGAAUAAUAGCUGAUUUUGAGGUGGGAGACUCCAUGGCCUCAGAGGAGGUAAAGCAAGAGCAUCAGAAAUACCUGGACAAGCUCCUCAACAACUGUCUGCUGAGCCGCUCCAUGCAAGAGCUCAUUGGCUACUACAUCACCAUGGAGGAAUACUUCAUGAGGGAGACCGUCAACAAGGCUGUUGCCAUGGACAGCUACGAGAAGGGCCAGCUGACCUCCAGCAUGGUGGAUGAUGUGUUUUAUAUCGUGAAGAAGUGCAUUGGGCGUGCUCUGUCCAGCUCUAGCAUCGACUGUCUCUGUGCCAUGAUCAACCACUCCACCACCGAGCUGGAGUCUGACUUCAGGGAGGUUCUGUACAACAAGCUGAAGCAGGGCUUUCCAGCCACGACCUUCCAGGACUUCCAGAGAGGGGUGACCAGUGCCGUGAACAUCAUGCACAGCAGCCUGCAGCAGGGCAAGUUUGAUACCAAAGGCAUUGAAAGCACUGACGAGGCCAAGCAAUCCUUUCUGGUGACCUUAAACAAUGUGGAAGUCUGCAGUGAAAACAUCAUGACCCUCAAGAAGACUUUGGAGAGUGACUGCAGCAAGCUGCUGAGACAAGGCUUUGGCGGUGAGCAAGCGCAGGCCAAGAUUGACAGCUGCCUCUCGGACAUGGCUGCCGUCUCCAACAAAUUUCGGGACCUGUUGCAG